GUUGCCUCCCUUUGCAUCGCAGUUUUCGCUUUCGAAUGUUUUUGACAACAAAAAUGAACUCAAAACAAUUUGGGCAUUGGAGCGCUGGUCUUCUGGCGUCCAUGGACGAUCCAGAGCUUAGGAUAUCGUCCGAUGAGAAAGUGGUUAUAAUCAAAGAUAAAUUUCCGAAGGCAAAAUAUCAUUUUUUGAUUCUACCUCGGGAAAAAAUAGCCAACCUUAAAAGCUUAUCAGCUAAGCAUCUUGAUCUUCUCCGACACAUGCAAAAGAAAGGAGAAGAGAUCGCAGACAAGGCAAACAGAGAAUUAAAAUUUAGAUUUGGAUAUCAUGCAAUACCAAGUAUGAGUCACCUUCACAUGCAUGUCAUUAGUCAAGAUCUGGAUAGCCCUUGCCUCAAGACCAAGAAACAUUGGAAUUCUUUCACUACUGAUUACUUUAUUGAUUCUAAAAAAAUUAUACAUCAGCUAGAAAAAACAGGAAAAAUUGAGGUCAAUGAACAGGAAACAAAGGAAUUUCUGAAAGCAGAUUUAAGGUGUCAUGUGUGUAGAAAGGAAUUCACAACAAUACCAGCUUUAAAGUCUCACAUCGUUCUUCAUAACUUGACCAAGUCAGCUGGUUAGCAGUCUACAGGAUGAGUCCCAGUCAUGUUGAGCCUGUUAUGUUAUAUUGAAUAUCCAUUUAUAUCAGGCAAACACUUCUAAAAAUGUCAGAAAUCUUUUGCGAUGUCAGGCAUGUCCUGGGAGACUUUGUCCAUCUCCCAUCGGGCCGCCGACUCUGUGUACCAGCGUGACUAGCAGACUGAGGCUAUCCUUCCUUGUUUCGGCCAUGCGACUUCUGAACAAUCUUAUUGUUGUGUCGAGUUUCAGAAAAAAUAUAUUUAAAAAAUGUUAGGAAAUUAUAACGAAACAUGUAAGUCAAGGAUUAUUUGUUCAAGGUAAGAAAAGUUAAACCGCUUCAGUCCUGCUAGAAGCUGCUAAAACUUACAGAUUAUCCAUCUGAUAGCUUUGCAUGUCACAUGCGUUUACCAGGUGUGUGCAUACAAAGUACCGCACACAAUACGUGUGUCUGUACCGACAAAGUCGUUAUCGCCACAGAGAGGCUAUAACUUCUUGGAUGGCCAACAUCUCCCCUCAUGGUACCACUCAAAGAGGUCUGGAUAGGUCUUGGCAUUGUCCUGCAGCCUGUGUAGCUUGUCACACAGCUGGCACCACGAGUAGGUGUAACUGUCAUGGUAGGUAGUGGUAGUAAAGUGAGCGAUCCGCCACAGCAUAUCAAUGUAGGUCUUUUCAUCGUUCAUGAGCUCUUCCAGGUACUUGCCGAGGUCCUCGGGGCUGCUAUAAUCGUCGGCGUUGAUGAAUGUUCCUCUGGAAUAUGUUGAGAGUAGUCUAGCCCACCCC